AUGGCAAAAACAGAGGUCCGUCACAUGCCACCGUCGGCCGAGCGUCGGCGCGUUAUGGGGCGGCACGAGGGGCACGAUCACCGCAAGGCACGCCACGCGCACGACACGCUCUGGAAGCAGCCCGGCGAACGCGGAAGCUACACCGCCGCGACCCUGGUGGUGGCGGGAAUCGUGGCCGUGCUGCUCGCCGCCACUUUUUUCGGCGCGCGGCAUUUAAUGAUGCAGGAAUAA